UUCUUCAACAACUGCAGCCACCGCGGUAGCUCGCUAGCCAACAAAGUCGGAACAGUCAAGUUCUUUAGACAAUUUCGUGGUUCAUUUUCCACAAUGAUUUAAACAUACUUAUGUGGAAACAACUAGCUACCCCAUUUAAUGUAAUAUUUAAGUUGUAAGUCAACUAGCUGGCUGGUUAAGUUAGCACUAGUCUAGUCGCUAAUGCUAACUAGGUAACAUCCCCGAACAUGAGUUCAUUAAGCUACUCUCCUCCUGCUAAGGAAGAGAGGAUCUGCUGGACCGAGAAAGAAGUUCUCGUGAAAGAGGAGGAAGAAGAAGAGGCUGUUACAAUACAGAAACAAGUAGAGGGUGAGGCUGUUACAGUGAAAGAAGAAGAGAAAGACGUUACAGAGAAAGACGCCUUCAGAGUGAAAGAGGAAGGGGCUGUUAUUGUGAAAGAAAAGGAGGAAGAUGCAGUUUUGGGAGUGGAGGAUGGAGUGAAAGAAGAUGAAGACGUUUUUGGAAUAAAGGAUGAAGAGGGGGAGAUUACUGUCACAUUAGAGGAGGACGAAGAAGAGAACACUGGAGAACUGAUUAACACCAGUAAAUACAGAGAGAGACGGGACUAUCGUGGAUCCUCUGGGGAUCCUCAACAAUAUCAUGAUGCUGAUGAGGCAGAGAGUCUCUCCAGAUCAGAACUCUGCAAGAAACACCAGCAGAGAUUUAUAGGGAAGAAAUCUCACUGCUGCUCUGACUGUGGGAAAAGAUUCAACUCUUCAUCAGACCUUAAAAUACAUCAACGAAUUCACACUGGAGAAAAACCUUAUGGCUGUGAUCACUGUGGCAAGUGUUUUACUACAUCUAGCUAUGUAACUAUACACCAGAGAACACACACAGGAGAGAAACCAUAUGUCUGUAGUCAAUGUGGGAAGAGUUUUAUACGGCUACAAACCCUGAAAGCACACCAUAGAAUACAUACUGGAGAAAAACCUUUUGGCUGUGAUCACUGUGAGAAGAGUUUUUCUACAUCUAGCUAUCAAAUUAUACACCAGAGAACACACACAGGAGAGAAACCAUAUAGCUGUAGUCAAUGUGGGAAGUGUUUUACACACAUCAAAAGCCUGAUAGUACACCAGCGGACACACACAGGAGAGAAACCUUAUAGCUGUAAUCAAUGUGGGAAGAGUUUUUCCACAUCUAGCUAUGUAACUAUACACCAGAGAACACACACAGGAGAGAAACCAUAUAGCUGUAAUCAAUGUGGGAAGAGUUUUACUCAGCUAAACAGCCUGAUAGUACACCAGCGGACACACACUGGAGAGAAACCUUUUAACUGUGAUCAAUGUGGGAAGAGUUUUGCUACAUCUAGCUGUCUGACGACACACCAGAGAACACACACAGGAGAGAAAUCUCUUAGCUGUAAUCAAUGUGGGAAGAGAUACUCUGAUAAAAGAUCACUGAUUAAACAUCAGAAAAUACAUGGAGUUGUUUCAUGAUAUCAAUGAAAUGAUGUCUCAAUGUAGAACCUAAACGUUUGCCCCCUGUUCUAUUUAUGUCAGCAUGAUAUGGAUAUUCGGAACAAAUCCAGGCUCUGAAUUGAUAAAGUACUAUUUAUAAGCUUUAACAAAAACUGACUAACUGACUAAAAAAUUAGUUGUGUUACACUUACCACGUUGGUGACCCACUUGAAUUAAAAUGCAACACUUCAAAAUGUAGCGAGCUGUUUUCUACAAAUUGUCCUCUAACCAAUGCUGUACACAUUAUUCUCAGAUUCCGUGUGGUUUUUAAACUCUUAACUCAUCGAUAUCAUGUUGAAAUCAAUUAUGACUGAUAAGUGUUGCGUUCCUUUGUUUAGCGACCCCUACAUUUAAAUGCAUCACUCCAAAAUGUAGCUGACUGUCUUAUGCAGGUUGUCCUUUAACUAGUGAGGUGAAAGAUUUCUCCUUCCAUUUGUUUUUUUUAGUUGUGUUAAUUUCAACAUCAGGUACAACCUGAUUUCCCCCCUAAUUGAUAUCAGUGAUGUAUUGCUACUUGUCAAAACAACAGUGUUUCUGGUGCUUGUGCAGUUAAAAAUAAAGAGUAAUAUGAUUAUUGUGGCAGAUGUUUGUGUAUAUAGCACAUGUUAUGUUUUCAAUAUAUCACAAACUGUUUCUGCAUAUUGGUUAUUGAUUUGGACAUGUUAAAACUGUGUUUUGUCAUUGGGGCUGUCCCACCUAGCAAAAUAUAAUUGAAAAUAUGUUGAAAGAAGACCAAUUGGUUGAAAGAUGUAUUUUCUGGUUGUUUUUUCAAUUACUUGAUAUUUCAUAUUUACAAUUGAAUAAUCAUAAUUAUUUAUGCAAUCAACUGACCAUUUUUGGGUACAAUUAUAUUGACAUUGUUGCCCUACUUUUAUAAUAUCAGGGUUCAUUCUCACAUGUGCCAACCCAAAUGUACUAGAGCAUGACAUUGGGGACUGGGCCCUGAUCCAACAACAUGUCUAUCUAGUGAACCCUGAAAAGAGAGAGAGAAGCUCCGCAGUGAGGUGGAAAGUUACUACGGAUAUUGCAGGAGUUUCCUCUUGAAAUCAGACAUGUCUGUUGUAAGGACAACUUGGUUGCUGAUUGUCUAAAGGGUGGGCAGUCAAAAAGGGUUGUGUUUUGCGUUUAGCCAUUGCGUUGCCAUGGAUCCCAAUUGAUUUUGACUGCACGUUAUUUUGACAGAGUUCUAGAAGCUAGUGAGUUUUAGGAAGAUGAGAGUUCUAGAAGCUAGUGAGUUUUAGGAACACGAGAGUUCUAGAAGCUAGUGAGUUUUAGGAACACGAGAGUUCUAGAAGCUAGUGAGUUUUAGGAACACGAGAGUUCUAGAAGCUAGUGAGUUUUUCAAAACUUGUGAGUUUCAGAAAGAAAAAGGAGAAAAAAUAUAUAUAUUUAAAAUGUGUUUUUGCUUGUUUUUAAUUGUUGCCUUCCAGUAGACACCAUGUUUUAUAUUGGUGAAGCAUUGUAGUUGAUUAUAAUGUGAAAUGGAAGUUGUUUUCUGUUGGUGGUGAGCAAACAUUUCCAACAAAAAUAUAGGAUAUAUUUGUUGUCUUAAGGGGGGGAAGGUGUUACAGGCUUUGGU